UUGUGAGUAAUGGCCGAUGGGCGAACAGCUGGAAAAUUCUGUAGCUGAGUGGGGUUUUAGGUGGAGAAUUAGGCGCUGAAGUGGAUUUUUGGGUCAUUGGGGAUUGUAGUAUGGAAGAGCCUUGAAUGGAGAGGAUUGGAAGGAGGAUGAGAAGGAGAGGAAAAGGGGAGUUAGGCAAAAGUAUAGAGAAGAGGCAAAUUAAGCUUAGCAUGAGGUACGAUUACUUUAGAAACAUGCUUUCGGAGAAGAGGAAGAAAGUCACUAAGCAUAACACCUCAUUCAAAUCACUAUUCUUCAACCAGAAAUUAGUUGACACUAAGAUUCUAGCUCUGUCUAACAAGAUAGCCCAAAAUGCGAGCUACGUAGAUAUUAUCAAUACAGAUUCCAGAAAAGGUGCAAUUGAACCUAAGAGUCUCUACAGUGUACCUCAUAAACAAUUCAAGAGCAAGUUGGUGAACCACAAGCGGGCUCAAUCUAAUGCUUUAUCAAAAAGAAUACGCAUGGCUAAGCAGAAUCUACCUGCAUUCAAAGGGAGCCUUUUCCUUAAGCUUAAGCCAGAUACAACCUCAAUGAGCAAGAUAUCAUUGAAUAAGUCUUCAUCUGGCGUUCAGAAUUGCUCUGAAAUUAUCAGUGGCUCAAUAAGUAUCCAAAGAACAGCGUAUAAAAAGAGAAGGAAGAAGAAUGCACUGACUAUUGAUACCUAUUGCUCUCCUAAAACUAUGUCCGAAAAGCCUGACUUAAGGGCUGUGACAUGAGACUCUCCAGAGAUUACCAGAGGAAUCAAUGCUAAAGGUAUCACGCUUGAGAAUCGCCUAAAAGUACUGGAAAACUUGAAUAAAUUUCUUACUCAAGAAAAGAAGUAUGAUGAGAAGUUAGAUAAUAAAAGAGCGAGUAACUCUUGCUCAAGUCCUGCCCCAUGCGAUCCUUUAGAGGCACGUAUUGAUAUCAAAGUUAAGAAGGCUACCAUUGUAAAUACCUCAAAUUAAGCCAAAAGUUCUUCAAGAGCCCCGUGAAACCUUUUCUAAACCAGUACAAAGAACUUCAAAACAGAAAUAUACCAUGGUGAAGAGAACUAUUGAGUUGGGCAAGGUAAAUAAUUUUGAGACGCCUAAAAAUGAUGCUUACUCAGAGACCCCUUUGUUCAAAGAACAUAAGUAUUGAGAGAUAAGGAACUUGAACUUUAUCCGUUCUGUCAAAGAAGACGCGAGGAGGAGAAGAGUGCACUAUAACCAGUGUAAGACGGAUGCAUCCAUUGAGACAGGUACCUCUCCGAAUUGGGACUGCUUUCUCUCUUCAGAAUGGUUCCCAUAAUUA